UCGCAUCAGAGUAGCACUGCCUUUCGACUCUGUUGGUCUUUGCGUUCGCUCCUAGUAGUUUUAGGAGCUUUGCUUUCAGUUUUGAUUCAGGGGAGUAAAAACAGGACGUUUCGUCACAGGCUUUGCUGCAGCGACCGCUGUUUGAAAAAUCACAGAGUACGAUUUUCACUCGGGACCUCGGGUGAACGAAAAGAAGACCAUCACCGCAGGACAUUGUUCAUUAAUUUGAAAGGCAGUUCACAUUUUCUUCAAAGGAUGUUUCCUGCAGGAGAAGAAAGCUUCCAGUUGCAAAUACCGAAGGAUGUAGCAGCAUUGUUAUCAGAAAAUGAGAAUCUGUGUCAGAUUUUCCAACAAAAAUUUGGCUGCCAAACUUUUGUUUACAGUGGAGACACAAGAAACAACCGAAAUGCAGCUGAAGUGAGGUAUUUGAAGAGACUUAACAAUGGCAUCACAAUCUCAGUUUGGAAAGAUGAUCUGACAACCCAUCGGGUGGAUGCUGUUGUCAAUGCUGCAAAUGAAAAAUUACAGCAUGUUGGGGGGCUUGCUUAUGCUUUGGCAGUUGCUGGAGGAAGUAUCAUAGAAAAAGAGAGCAAAGAAAUUAUAUCUAAGCAGCAAAAAGUUGACCCUGGUGAUGCAGUUGUUACAUCUGCUGGCAGUCUUCCUUGUAAAAAAGUUAUUCAUGCAGUGGGUCCAAUUUAUACAUCAUACCAAGGAAAUGACGCUGAAAAAGCUUGUCUAAUACUUAAAAAAGCAGUCGAAUCUAUAUUGAAUCUCUGUGUAAAAGAAGGCCUUAAAUCAGUUGCCAUACCAGCUUUGAGCUCAGGUAUAUUCCAGUUUCCUCUUCCUCUGUGUGCUAAGAUCAUUGUAGAAAGCAUAAAAAAGUGGAUGAGUUUCAAACAUUCAAGGGACCUUUUAACUGAGAUUCAUUUAGUUAAUAAUGAUGAUCCAACUGUCACAGAAAUGCAGAAAUGGUGCAGACAAAUUUUUGGCCCUAACGACAAAGGAGAAGUGAUGAUAGACAAGCAUCUUGGAAAUGUUACUCUAGUCAUAAGAAAGGGGUGUAUUGAAAAGGAACAGGCAGAUGUUAUAGUGAAUACCAUAUCCAGUGAUCGUGAUCUGAAACAAGGAGAAAUAUCAAGAGCCAUUCUCAUGGAAGCUGGAGGACAGCUUCAAAAGGAUAUAUACCGUGCACAUAAAAUAAGUAAAGAUAUUUUAAGGACAGAUGCUUUUAACAUGAAUUGUAAAGCAGUGUACCAUGUUAUUUGCACAUCGUGGAUUGGAAAAAAAUCUGAAGAGGCUUUAGCUAAUGUUGUAAAGACUUGUCUACAAGCAGCAAGUGAUGAGAAGAUGAAAUCCAUCUCAUUCCCAGCAAUCGGAAGUGGCCUUCUACAUUUUCCUAAAGAAAUUGUUGCAAGAGUAAUAAUCGACCAAAUUUACACUUUUGCUAACACGUAUAAAGGGACAAAUCUCACUGUGAACUUUGUACUUUAUCCAGGAGACAGAGAAAUAUUUGAGGUUGUUGAAUGGAUUUUUAAAAAAAAAGAUGAAUGGCAGCAUCAGUCCCACAUCUAUGAAAACUACAAUCAUUUGCCAUCAGUGCCAUUUAUUGCAUUUCAAGGAAAAACAAAGGAAGCGAUUAUGGAAGCGAAAAAUUGGUUUGAAAAGAUGUUAAUGAUUCAAGAGAAGUGCAUUAUUCAAGAUAAGCACAUUUAUUACUUUGGAGACGAGGAUCAUCGUGACCUUUCAGUCAUUCAGAAUUUUUACAGUGUAUCCCUUAAAGAAGUUUUAAGAAAUGGGAAAGCAACUUUAGAAAUUACAGGACAGCAAUCUGCAUUAUUUGCAGCAGCUCUAGCAACAGAGUCAAUUUGCUGUCGUGUGCACAAAUUAUAUGCAGAGGAAGCAGAAGAGCACCUACAGGGGGCGUUGGUUCAGUGGCAUUGCACUGACUGUCCAGCUGUAGCAGAUAAUAGUUGCAGUUUAGAAAAAGCUUAUUUAUCGGGAAAUACUUCUGAGAAAAUCGAAGCAAAUGGGCAUACAUUCAAUAUUUCAUUUUCAGCAAUGACAGCGGAAGAAUCUGAAAGUGGAAGGAAGUAUGAAAUUGAAAGACAGGCUUUGCUUGACCAAGAUUUGAAGAAGAUGAGGAAGAUCUUAAAUAAUGAACCUUAUAAAAUGAUACAAGUAGAUGAAAUCACUGCAGAUUUUAAAGAACGAAUGCAAACGUUUAAGAGGGCAAAUCUAAAAGUUCUCAAGAUUGAAAAAAUUGAAAAUCCUCUUUUGAAAAUUCAUUUUGAUUUGAAGAAAGAAAAUAUGGAUGGGAAAGAAAAAACUUUAUACCAGCGUGUACCAGCGAAGUUCUGCCGUCUGGUGUGCAGGGCUGGAUUCCAGAGAGUGUACUCCCAGCCAGAUGAUCUAACAUGUGGACAUGGUAUAUACUUCAGUGAAAAUCUGAUGAAAGUGGUUGACAGUCAGAGUAAAUACUGUGAAGAUGAUCUCUUCAUAUAUAUAUUUGAAGCAAGAGUUGCAACUGGAAAAUCCACUCAUGGCUCAUCAGGACUGACUACACCCCCUGCCAUGAGCUCUGAGCCGCUCCCAUUGUAUGACAGCGUAACACACGGUGCAUCAACACACGUCAUCUUUAACAGCGUUCAGGCGUACCCGCAUUACUUAAUCACAUGUUCAGGCAGACAAUUCUAGAAACUGAGUAGUACAGAUUAUUAUUCAUUCUGUCUGAAUCUGUUAUCGUUAUGAUUUAGGUUUAACUGUCUUUUCUUGGUUAUCACAUUUUUAUUGAUUUCAAAAACAAAUAGUAAGGCAAUAACAAAAAAUGUGAAGGUUUAUGUUUAUAGGUUGGAAGGGUUUUAAGUUUAUUAGGUAGAACUAUUAAUAGAAAUUGUUUUGUUUUUUUAAUCAACCAUAUAAUCCCAGUGGCUUUUGAAGUCCUCGUUUACAGACCUGGUCCAAAAUUAAAGUCACGGAGGAAGUGAUGGAAGAGUUAAAAAUUAUAAAGGACCAAGACUGUUGAGUUCUGUACCAUGGGAGUUCUCACAGGAAACCGCCUCUGAGCCAUGUCACUGUACUUGAUGCCCCCCAGUUACUGCUAAACUGGAGCAGGCAGGGAGGGGUGUUUGAGACUCUCCACAUCAACGUGGGCCAUUUUUACUUAGCAAAGUAUAACACCUUUCAGGGUUCAGCGUUAACUUUUGGGAUUUUCCUUAUCUAUUUCCCUACUGACAUAGCGGUUUAUCUAUAAAAUUUGGAAUUGGUAUUUACCAUUUGUUAAACACAUGUAUCUUUUAAUUAAAACAAUUAUCUGUUUUUGAUUAUAUACUGGUAAAUAAAAGAGAGUCUUAUUUAUGUUUUAAAUUUCCUUGGUAGUAAUUGUGAUUUUAAAAUGUUAGGGCUUCAUGCAUAUUGGAAAUUACUUUCUAUGCUAUAGUCUCACACCAAAUACAAAAUCUAUACUCGUACUUGUUUAGACAGUUUAAAGCUUUGGUGUAUUCACAGAAUACUUUUUUGUCUGCACUUUGUGUAUUUUUUUGUGUGCAGAUGAUGUAUUUCAUUGUGUCCUUUAUUAAACCUGCAGGAUAUUUCAAAGUA